AUGACGUUGUAGGAACAUGGCGCCUCUGAGGAGAGGUGGUGCCUGACAGUUUGGACUAUUGAUAAAAUAUUACGUGUGAAUAAACGUAGAGCACUACCGGCAAAGCGUAUUUAUCUAAAUAUUAUUGUUCUAGAAAGGUAAUAGACAUGUUCUAUCUUUCAUGGAUAAUGAAACGGCAUUGUUUGAGGCAUUGAUAGCUCAUGUUAGCUUGUCGUUGCUAUUGACGCUAGCCAACGCGUUUAGUCAUAAUACAAUGUUUGCGGUGCGGGCAUUUUCAUUUAGCCUGUAGAUAUAUUAUUUAUCAAUGAAAUUUACAUUUUAUUUCGUUUAUUAGUAUUUAGUUAUAAUUUGACGAUUUUGGAUUCUCAUUAGCUAGUUAGCUAGCUAAGCUAAAAAGGAUGGGGAACCGUCAUGGAUUUGUGUUGUUGCUGGCGACUGGAAUUUUUCUGUCGGCGUUAUUUCUGGCCGAAGGUGCUCCGCUUCCGUAUUCUGACACAACAGGGGAGACUGCAGGUGGCCAGCCGUCUGUCUCUCUACACCUCUCUGUGGUUGUGUCACUGAGUGCCCUGCUUGUCCUGGUGGCCCUGCUGGUGAACUGUGUGACCUGCUGCAAGGAGCGGGAAGUCAAUUUCAAGGAGUUUGAGGACAAUUUUGAGGAUGAGAUUGACUUCACCCCUCCAGCUGAAGACACCCCCUCCAUGCAAUCCCCUGCUGAGGUGUACACCCUGGCAGUGCCCCCCGUGGCCCUGCCCGGACCCCCCCAUCUGGAGACACCACCCCGUAUCUCAGUGGGAUCCACUGGCCCUCAGGUGGUCCGUCACAGUCUCAGCUACAUCCAGGAGAUUGGGAACGGCUGGUUUGGCAAGGUCCUCCUCAGUGAGAUCUACACAGACCCGGGUGGGGCCAAGGCGGUGGUCAAGGAGCUGAAGGCUAACGCAAGUGCCAUGGAGCAGAAUGACUUCUUGCAGCACGGAGACCCUUACAGAGUUCUGGUGCACCCUAACAUCCUGCAGUGUCUGGGCCAGUGUGUGGAGGCUAUCCCCUUCUUGCUGGUCUUUGAGUACUGCGAGCUGGGGGACCUCCGGAGCUACCUGUCUCAGCAGGAUUGGAUGUUCCGAAAUGCUGAGCUGCUGCAGCUGCAGAAGAUGGCCUGUGAAAUCGCUGCUGGCGUCACCCACCUCCACAAACACAACUUCCUGCACAGUGACUUAGCCCUGAGGAACUGCUAUCUGACUGCAGACCUGACGGUCAAAGUGGGAGACUAUGGCAUCGGCCCCUACAGAUACAAGGAGGAUUACAUCAUCACAGAGGACGACGAGUCGGCGCCCCUGCGCUGGAUGGCCCCGGAGCUGGUGGGGGAGCGCCAUGGGGGCGUGAUCACUCUGGACCAGACCAAGCCUGGCAAUGUGUGGGCCUUGGGGGUGACUCUGUGGGAGCUGUUUGAGAACGCUGCCCAGCCCUACCCUCACCUGUCUGACCGUGAGGUCCUGAACCACGUCAUCAGGGAACAGCAGAUCAAACUGUUGAAACCACAGCUGGAGCUGCCCUACUCCGACAGAUGGUAUGAGGUGCUACAGUUCUGCUGGCUGACUCCAGACAAGCGGGCCACGGCCGAGGAGAUCCACCGGCUGCUCACCUACCUGCGUAUGCAGGGCCAGAAGGAUGUGGAGGACGACUUCCAGCAGCGCUGGGACUCCCUCAAGCCCAACCCUGUCACCCGCCAGACCACCGUCAGCCACUCCUCCUACCCCAUUCUGGAGCAGUUCGCAGAUGACGCCCUGCGGGCCGAGGUGGACGAGGUGCUCACCGUCACUGAGACCAGCCGUGGCCUGAGCUUCGAGUACGUGUGGGAAGCGGCCAAGCACGACCAUUACGAUAGCAGCAGUGGCCAUGGACGCUCGGCCACUGACACCACGCUCAACUAUCACAGCAUGUUCUUCCCCGUGCCCAGCGAGGACAUUCAGGCCCACUUUCCAGACCCCGCAGCCCCCAGGACGGGGGGCUCCGACAGCAGGAACACCCAUUCGGCAAUCCCCGGGAUCCUUCCCGUGUUUGACGCUCACAAACCAGCCAAUGGAAAUGAGUACUACAUCCAGUUGGAGGAGCAGGGGGAGAGCACCGUGGAGGAGAACAGGGGUCCGGAGGUAGACACAGUUUCAGACAGGCAGACAUUUGUCACCCUCCAAGACGUCCGCUUGGAUGAGUCCAGCACUGAUGCAGACUUCUUCCACCACAGCAUAGACUCUAAGGACUCGUACCUCCAGGACAGCCACAUCUGGUCGUCCAGUGAGCAUGACAGCCCCUUCCACACCAACAUCUUCAGCGAAGGAGACUCCAGACAGGACUCCCAUUCCUGGAACAGGGGCUUCAUGGAGCUUCCAGAACUCAACGGAAAUGGUUUCCAGAGAGUGGAGUCUGUAGAGGGGCAGGCCCAGGGAACAGAAAAGUGCUUUCGGAAUUCUUUUUUAGGGGAGCGCCAUUCAGAGGUCAUCCUCCAGGACUCUUUAGAGGAGGCAGAGGGCGAGGGAACCCCGGAUGUGAUGAGGCUACUGAACACUGAGAAACUAGCGGACAACUUCAUGUUCCUCAAAGAGAAGAGCCUGAUGAAGGAGGGCUCUGGUUUAUCAGGGAAAAGUAGUGGGAGUCAACAACUGGACCUCCUCCAACCUGGUCUGACCCACAUCCCCGAGCACAGUUUCAGAAUGAACUCUUGGGAUGAUGAUGAUGAUGAGACCAUAGAUGGCAUAAACGUAGCAGAGAUCCCCAUAAAACCUGUGGAGAGCAACAUGUCCCCAGCAGAGGAGGAACUUUUUGACUUUAUGAGUCCCAGUUUUGUGGAUUUUCUGCAACCUCUAGCAGACCCUAAAACACUGGUGCCUUCAAAUACACUGGUAACAGAGGACAUCUGUAGCAACCAGCUGCCAAUUAGAGAACUGCUGCAGCAGUCCUCUAAUAUGAUGGACUCUGCUUUUGACUCUACCUCUGAGAGGGCUGAGGUCCCUGUUAUUAGUUCAGCAAAUAUCCACCAGUCUCCCACACUCUUCUCUGAAAGUGCCACUACAGACCCCCUGUGCAUGGAUGCCAAAAACCCCAGCCUUGAAGACCGCCUCAGAGCCUCAGAGGAUGACUGUGUUGAAUCCAUAGGAAUCAAAGAGCCAACAGACGACCCGCUAAGCUCUCCCCCAGUCUAUGUCAGUGAGAUUGCUGUUGACAAUGGCCUGACCAGUGAAGGCUUUACCAGUGAUGAUCUGCUGAGCGACCUGGUUGAAGAUGAUACAGAGGCCGAAAUGGACACCGUCCUCUCUGAGCAUGAACAUGACAACGAGCACGACAGGUCCUCUCUGCUGGUCUCUGGUCCUUCCAUGGACCAGAUCAGCCAGGACAGCCUACUGGAGGACAGUGUUUCCACCACUCUGCCAACUGUGGAGUACUCAGCCGAGACACCAGACUCCCUGGACAACAGCCACAUGCUGGAGGAGUCUGUCGAAGAGCUAAACACCCCGGCAGCCCCUCACAAGCUCCAGCCCCCGUACAAAACAGCCGACAGCGGCUACGAGACAGAGAACCUGGAGUCUCCAGAGUGGAACUCUCAGCCCAUCAUCAAAGACCACUUCUCAGAGGAAAACGGUCUGAGUUUGGCCGAGGAGGAGGAGGAGCCAGCAGCGGCUACCAUGCUGGUUCCCCCUGAAAUCAUCGUCUCGGAGGUGGAGACUCAGGACGGUGAGGACCAGCAGGCAGAGUCCAUCGCCCCUGGCGAGGAAUCUUUCAUGGGAGGCAACUACAGAGACUCUGCUUACUUCUCUGACAACGAGUCCGAGCCCGAGAAGAAGUUUGAAGAAGCCAUCUCGCCAACUGUGGACAUCAGUGGCUGUGUUUCUGGAGGUCCAUCUGAAGUCACAGAGGAGGAGCAUGUAGAGUCUUCUGCUGGGUCACAGUCUCCCAUUGCUCGAGAAGCUCUGGUUGAUAUCGGAGUGGAGAAGACCGAGCCUCAGCCCCUGGAAGGGACCAGUCUCCCUGUGCUGAUCCUCACCACAGAGGAGGACUGGGAGAAGACUUCACCUGUGUCCAUUGACGGCAGUGUGGACGAAACCGGGACACUGGAGUUCUUCCCUGACUUCAGGACUCACAGUCACUCAGAGUCCAGCGGCACUUCCACCGAGGACCUGGAAAAGCCUCCAUUGCCUGCUGUUGCUACCUCAGCAAAACCUUUUCCUGAGAACAUACCGGUACACGCUAAGCUAACCAGGACCUACGCCAGCGAGAUUACCCCCAAGUUGAAGGAGCCCGACAUGGAGGGGAGGUACCUGGGCAGGCGGGACGGCUCUGAUGGGCAGGAGGACGGAGGGGAGGCAGACGAAGAGGACGAUAACAGCGAUGACUCAGAUGAUGACAUGCGGGCGUACCGGCUGCACAGCUCCAGCGAGGACAGCGAGGACGACACGGUGCACCCGGUUCCCGUUAUAGUCUCGGAUGACAGUAGAGCGCGGAACCUCAAGAGCCUGCUGAAGGUCACCCCCAGUGCCAAACCCUCCAUGCCAUCAGGGGGCAGUGAUUCAGACAGUGCCAGUAGAGCUGUGUCGUUCUUCGACGAUGUCACUGUUUUCCUUUUCGACCAGGAGACCCCCACCAAGGAGCUGGGAGACCCUUCGUCAGGUUCCAACAGCCAGGUGUCAGAGUUCAGCAGCCCUGUGCCCACGGCCAGCUACCUGAAUAGGUUCACCAACUCCACAGAGAGCUCCACAGAUGAAGAAGGCGGUGGGUUUGAAUGGGAUGACGACUUCUCGUCCCCGGAGCCCUCGGUGUUCCUCUCCAAGGCAGCUUCGGACCUGGCCAUGUCUAAGACAAUGUCCCCUUCGUCUACGGCCUCGCACUACUUUUCCCCUCCCGGGGGCUGUACCCCGGAGCCCAGCUGGAGCAGCUCCAACUACUCCCGCUUCUCCAUCUCCCCGGCCAGCAUCGCCAGCUUCUCCCUUACACACCUUACUGACUCAGACACCGAACAAGGAGGAAGCAGUGAAGAAGGAGAUAAAGACUAAGGUGCAUGUGGAAGGGUCCGUUUCCCCCCACAACGUCAGGUGAAUGUAGGAGAGCUCAACAUGCAGGCUAAAGACGGACGGAUGAUGACACGGUGUUAUGAAGGCCGUGGAUGCUUCUCUUCUCAGGCAGAACUGCACCCAAGAGGUGGCCAUGAAGAGAACUUGAAACAGACUGAGCCAGAGGCUCCAAAAGCCAACAACGCCCUCAACAAAAUCCCCUUCCUUCCACCAAAAGCCUCUUAGCCUUGUGCUCUCCCCCCCCCCCCCCAGUGCAAUGCAGCAGGAAGAACAGACAAAACUGACCUAACUUUGUUUGCUUUGAGACUUGUCGAGCGCAUUCCAAGUGUUUGGUUAAUGUCCUCCUCUCCUGAGGGGAUUCUGUUUCACCCCAAAAAUACUUUUAUUUUGAAGCCCUGAUUGAACCACAGCCCCUGUGUCUACAAUCAACUAGGAAUAAUGAGCUCUUUGGAUCAGGCGAACUAAAACAGCAAGGCCCUUGGGUGUAACACUGCUCAUUAGCACCUUUGCUACAUUGUACGAUUAUUACAGGAGUUGCCUUUUGGAAAUGUAUUUGUCAGGUCUACUCAAGUGUGUAUGCUUCAACUGGAGAUGAUCAAGACUGGAAGAGGUAUAUUAGGAAUUUAAGGAACCAAGUUUUGGUGAUUGACUCAUUCACCGUCCAUGAGCCCCUGCUUGGUUGCUAUAGGAACAGUCAGUGUUCUAGUGAGAAUGUUAGUGUUAUGGAACAGGAGGUCUGACAGCAUUAGUUCAUUCAGUUAAACACCAUCAGUAGAAGAAUUGGAUAAGGGAACAUUGUCACGGUUUGAAUUAACAGUAUGGGACUUCAAGGUUUGUCCAGUUUCUUCACCAAUCAAUGGGUCUUAUCAUAGUGCCUAUUUCAUACUGAUUACGCUGUAUACAAAAAUAUCCUCUCACUCCAGGAAUCACAUGAUUAAGAAGGCAAUACAUUUUGUCCUGACACAAGCCUAGUGACUGAGUUUGCAUCAGGAGACACAGGAGUAAAAAGUUGGUUUGAAUUGUCAAUGUUUUGUGAAACAAAUGUGCAAUGAGUACCUUUUUGAUUCAUUUUGUGGGUCUGAGUUUAAUAGGAGCAGCCAGUAGGGAUGUGUCACGGUCCCAAACGGCAUCCUAAAGGGAAUAGGGUGCUAUUUGGGAUGCAGAUCAUUUCUCUGGUACUGUACAGGGAUCUUACAUUAACUCAACCAAGACAGACAUGCCUGUUCUGUUUGGUUUACUAUGUCAAACCAAUUCUACACGGGUUAUUCUCACUAACUACUGCAUGUGACACAGCCAAGGUAAAGAUUACCUUAAGGAUUGUUGCCAUAGCACCCAGGCGCCACUCAACGGACUGUCUCCGGUAUGAUGUAUAUAAACAAUUAUUUAGCUGGAUCAGCAAGGUGAGCUUUUCAUGGUCUUUCUGUUCCUGUAGGUCAAACCCUUCUUCCAGACUCAAUGGGUUCUACACAGAUGAAACAAUGUAUAGCUCUUGGUUUAGUGACUUGUCAAGGUUUCCCCUGAUUUAAGUCUUCAGAUACAAACCUUUUCCUCACCUCCAGUGUUCUAGACAAGGUUAACCUCUUACUACCAGCAGCCUGUGUUCUUUCAGUUAAACUUCACUGUAUUUUAUUUAAGGAAAUCCUGUUUUAUUCUACAGUAUAUACAUUUGCUUAAUCUUGCACAUUUGAGAAGGCUAACUUAAUGAACUGUACCGAUGUAUAUAAGUGUUAAUUUUGUCUGUUCAUGGGGAAUGUAGUAAUCAAGUCCUAGGUAUGAGGUUAUUUUGUCGUUUAAAGAGUAACAUAUCACGUAAGUGACCGGUUAAAUUAAAAGGUGCUACACAAGAUUGAAUUGUAAGUUCAGAAAAUGUCCGUAUCUGCUGUAACAGUGGAAUGAUAAGUAACGGCGACUACCCUGCUAGCGUUUUGAUUGCUGUGGAGUUCGUCUGAAUGGGAAAGCUAUUCUGGUUGCUAAAAUUCUACACUGUUCGCUCAAUUUCAGUUUGAAAUAUUUGUGGACCAAAAGCAAGUUUUGGUCCACCAGCUUUAAAAAGAUUUCAAAUUUAGAUGGUACACUUCAGUGGUUGUUUUUGAAGUGUAGAAAUGUCAGAACAGCUUUCCCAUUAUGACAAGCUGCCACUCCGGCAGGUAAGUAAUACUAUUCCACUAUUAGCGCCAGACACUUCCUAAAAUUACAUCACAAAUCCUAUUGUGAAGCACCUUAAGACAAACAGGAAAAUCCAUUCUGUCCAUAACUGUAAUAUUUGUACUUCAUAUUGAUGAUCAUGCUUAGUGUAUUUGAAUGACAUGUUUCAUAUGGAAAUAAAUGCACAUUUACUUC